CACUCUUGCGACAACACACAGUAGCCUAUAUCUGACUGGUGCGGUCGGUGAAAAAGACGGCGCAUACAGGCUACGGACGGAAAGUCUCUCAAGAACUGUCCAUUGACACCGACGAGUGGAACAGAGUUAUUUUAAGGCGGGCGAAGAAGUCGAAGUAACAGGAUUAACAUCUUUUUUUUUCUUUUGACUAUCCGAAGCAUUUAAAUCCGGUAUUCCAUAAUGGCGACAGCUGCGGUGUCUGCGACUGCUGGCUCCGGGUCGGGAGCCGAGCUGGUCCGUGGGCAGGCCUUCGACGUCGGGCCUCGCUACAGCAACCUCUCGUACAUCGGGGAGGGCGCCUACGGAAUGGUGUGCUCUGCAUACGACCGUGACAACAAGAUCCGGGUGGCCAUCAAGAAGAUCAGCCCCUUUGAGCACCAGACGUACUGCCAGCGCACGCUGCGAGAGAUCAAGAUCCUGCUGCGCUUCAAACACGAGAACAUCAUCGGGAUCAACGACAUCAUCCGGACGCCCACCAUCGACCAGAUGAAGGACGUAUACAUCGUUCAGGAUCUAAUGGAGACGGACCUGUACAAGCUGCUGAAGACCCAGCAUCUGAGCAACGACCAUAUCUGCUACUUCCUCUACCAGAUCCUGAGAGGGCUCAAAUACAUCCACUCGGCUAACGUGCUGCACCGUGACCUCAAGCCCUCCAACCUCCUACUAAACACCACCUGUGAUCUUAAGAUCUGUGACUUUGGAUUGGCGCGCGUGGCUGAUCCCGACCACGACCAUACGGGGUUCCUAACGGAGUACGUGGCCACGCGCUGGUACCGGGCGCCAGAGAUCAUGCUCAACUCCAAAGGUUAUACCAAGUCCAUAGACAUCUGGUCGGUGGGUUGUAUUCUGGCUGAGAUGUUGUCCAACAGGCCAAUAUUUCCUGGGAAACACUACUUGGACCAGCUCAACCACAUUUUGGGGAUCUUGGGCUCCCCCUCCCAGGAAGACCUGAACUGCAUCAUCAACAUCAAGGCCAGGAACUACCUGCUGUCUCUGCCGCUGCGCUGCAAGGUGCCCUGGAACCGCCUCUUCCCUACCGCCGACCCAAAAGCGCUGGAUCUGUUGGACAAGAUGCUGACCUUUAACCCCCACAAGAGGAUUGAGGUGGAAGAGGCUCUGGCGCACCCGUACCUUGAGCAGUACUAUGACCCCACAGACGAGCCCGUGGCUGAGACGCCCUUCACCUUCGACAUGGAGCUGGACGACCUGCCCAAAGAGACGCUGAAAGAGCUGAUCUUUGCAGAAACGGCCCGCUUCCAGUCCGCCUUCAGGUCCUAACAGCUCACAACGAUGGCGGCUCUGGACCGGUUUACGAGAUGCCCCUGCUUGUCUCAGCCUCAAAUUGCUCUUUUGUGUAUUUUUCUUUCCAUUUCCUCUCUCCCCCAUCCUCCCCUUAUCUGCGUCGCCUGGAUUCCCUGGCUUUCGCCCGCCAAGUCCACUUUGCUCAGGAAUGGCGUCAGGAGUCAAUCAAUCUUCUUCUACUUCUUCUAUGCUUCUCUUCUCUUCGACCAAUCUCACUCUGUUUCACGCUUGCUCUUCUCUAGAGGUUACGAUGGCCACACAAUAUGACCAAUAUUGUGGCGCCAUCAAAUGAAGAUGAACAUAUAUUGUUAAUUAACAAUUAAUCAUGUCUGUCAAAGGUUUUGAUUUUUUUUUUUUUUUUCUAAACCGUUGCCUGAUUAACUGAUGGCAAUAAAUUGCAUGCUUUUUCUUAUUUGCAACAUAUUAUUUUGGACCGGGCAGGUUAAAUCUGAAUAAUUUAAAAAUAUAUAUAUAUAUUCAAGUUGGUUCACAUACCGGAAUGGUUACAAUCUCUUGACAGUAAGGAUGAGCAUUUGAGCUAUAGAAGUUCUAUAUUUUUUCAAAGACACGUUUUGAAAAGCAAACAGAUCAUCAUGGUAUCCUUCUGGCUUUAUCGUGUGCGACCUUAGUGGGUUGUCUUUCAUGGUCUCAAAGUGCCAAUUUCUCUCCACUUAGGAAAGAGGUUUCUCUUUUGGUUUCUUUAUUUAGGCCAAUUAUGAACUCAAGCUUUCCUCUAUGUAGAAGGUUUUACCUAAUUAAACGGGAGACAAUCCAUGCAUCAGCAUAUGAAUUCAGUUAUCCACUGGAACCAGUUUAACGGAGAUAUAACUCGGCCUCCCAUUGUUUCACGAAUGAAUACAUAUCCUAUAAACAUCAAAUGUUGCGUUUCUCAUAGUCUCAACUUGUUGAUACUCACCUCAUUCGAGAGAAUACUGUGCCCUUGCAUGACUGUUAAAAGCUCUGUAUACAAAGACAAUGUUAAGUGCCACCCAAGUAUGCAGUUCCACUAAACCCAGCUAAUUUCUUUUACGUUUUUUCAUUUCAUCUCUCAAUGACACGGUGCUCGUUUCUUUUUUCUUUUUUCUUACCUUUUUGUCAUUGUUGUUCGCUUCAUGCGUGUUCUAUUUUUUUUUUGCAGCAUUUGUGUUUUGGUUUUUAGACAAGCUUCUCUAAUUCACAACUGCUGUAUUUCUUUUUACUUCUGUUCUUUAUGUUGCCAUGUUCCAUGGUUUAGCACCUGCAUGCUAAACCAUGUCCCAAAGUGGUUGAAAGGGAGAGUAAGCUGCAUGCUUACAACCCUACAUAAAUUCAUGUUGUUCCCUGUGCAAGAAAAACUAUGGAAUCCAGGCAUGCUUACUAUAAAAAGUUUGACUCAAUAAGAUAUUUUCAGGUUGCAUAUUUCAUGAAGUCAGUUGUUUUGUUUUGCUUUAAAUUGCACACUUUGGUGUAGAUGUAACUGCAAUGGAUCUGAAGACCAAUAUCCCUUUUUGUUUGACCAAUAAUUGCCUAUUAAUGACUGUGUUCUGUUUAAAUGUUUCAUUUGAAAUGAAUUGAAUCAUGACUGUAAAUAUCGACAUCUUCUCCAAGCAAGGAUCAAUGCAAGAAGUUGCCGACAAUUUAAUUUCUUCACAAAUGGUCCAAAAAAUUAUAUUUCAUCGUAAACCUUACCACUCUUGACUUAUAGCACUCUCAUAUUGAUCACCUUUAGCAUUUUCAUAAACUUAUCGCUGAACUGUUAGUCAUAAGAUGUAGUCUUAAUAACACUAAAACUUUUUUCAUGCUAGAUUUGGUGGAAUCUACGUAAAUAGAUUCUCUCAGGCUCUAGUGGCAAUUACCCAAAUACAUAUAAAAGUAAAUAACGGUAUGAUAUGAGAAAUGUACGGUAGCUGCUGCUUCGGUAGCUUGCUUUGGAUCAAAACAUGUUCACAAUUUGUACAUGUGGCGCGGUGGGGUAUCGGGUGCUAGCAGUAACAUCGGAUGCAAACAAAUAUGCUUUUUGGUCUAUUGCAUUUCAAGGCCAUAUAUAAAGACGUAUCAGAUGAUUGGUUCAGUCCAUUGUCGAUUUAAACAUACACACACACAGUAUUUACAUUUUGUUUAUAUUUUAACUAUUGUCCCGAUACUUGUGGCACUUGCUGUAUGCAUAUCUCUUUGAUAAAAAAUAACUGAAAUGCACUUGUUUCUACAAUUAUUGCGAGGGGGGGGGUGGACGUUAUGUCUGAGAGCUGAUGCCGAUAGACGAGAGCUUGCUUGUAUAUUACAACUGGGUGAGAAGAUUUAAGGGCACUGGGAUACCUAUCCGGGUUAUUCUGUUGUAUAUUAUAAGCUUCUGCUGCAGUUCUUUGUGCAACCUGUCUGUUUUGUGCCUUCUUAAAUAGUCUUAUUAUCCAAGAUUCAAUGUGCAGCUUUCGUUCGGUCAGGAAUCUGUUGUAUUUGCUUUAAAAGAAUAACUAAAAUAAUAAGAAAAAUCCUUACAAAAACAAUAGGGAUCCAACCUGUUGGCUUGGACCCCUAAUAAUCAAAUAAAUGGGGAGGGAGGGGUUGGAUUGGGGUCAUCCUUUUAUCCUUCGGUUUUGUCAUUUUAAAUAGAUUUGAUGACAUAAUUGAGUGAUUUUGUGCUUGUGAAUUAAAAUAUUAAAAUGAAAUGUUUGUAUUUUUAUUUUGCCUUUUUUUUGUGCAAAUAUUUUGAUUGUAAAAUGAAUGUUAUGUUUCUAUCGGACGCUAAUCUUGUUGAAUUUUACAAUUGAACUAGUUAUCUCUGUACGUUCUGAUUGGUAUAACAUGUAAUUGUGUAGUCAACAAAUUAAAUGGAAGUCCUGGUUGUAUUUCAACAUUUUUUGUUUGUUUCACCUGUCAUAGAAAGGAUUUAAACUUAUGGGUCAGUUACAUCUUUGCGGUCAUGUGAAGGACUCAACUUGAACAAACAAUUGACUUGGCUAUUAUUAAAGACUGACUGCCACUUAGCUUUAAUGUCUUGUUUUUGCCUUUCUGCACAGCUUUUAAGAAUAUAAAGCAUCAAUGGGAGGAAAGCCUUUUAGAUAAACCCUUGAUGAUAUAGGCUACACUUUAGAUAAUGUGGCCAACACUAUGAAAUAAGUACUUGAGAUGAAAUCCAGAAAUGACCAGUAUAGGCUGGUUUUAGGCUACUUUUAGCAUACAAAUAGGAAAAGGAUUUAUGCUAAUAUUUCAACCAAAGUCUUCUUUCUCUUUGAGAUUUGGUUGACACACCAGAAAAUGCAUUUCCUGCAGAAAAUAAUGUGUUGUAGUACAGUGAGAAAAUGUGGUGUUGAGUGCUGUAGUGCAAAGUGAGGUUGAAAAUAUGUUUUAGUAAAGCCAUAGUUGAAAGACGUAAAGAAAUGUUAAAUGUGUUAAAUCAAGUGAAGGGAUUUGAACAGUCCAAAUAGAAUAAAAAAUGUAAACAUGCACACCAUUAAACAUUGUAAAUGUGUGCAACUCUGCAUAAAGUGAAGGGUUAAACAAAUAGCUUAUGUGAUCAAGUUUGAAUAACAACCUAAUUACUAACUAUUAAGUUAUGUGGUAUACAAGGAACCUCUCAUCUAU